UUGGAUUUCACACUGGUAACAGACGGUGGUGAUGAGGGUGAAUGUGACGAUUUGGGCGUUGCUCAACUUGACCUGAGUUCGAUUAGAAGUCGCCCAAAACAGUUGAUUCGAUUUUUGGACGUCAACGGUGAAGAAUUGGCCGAACUCGAGGUGGAAAUGACGUAUUCAGAGAAAUUAAUGAAAUAUUUCGAAAGCGAUAUUGACGAAUGA